GUCCGCAGGCAUCGCCCGUGCGAGAUGUGAUCCUGCGAUGACAGCAAUCCUCUUCGCUUCGUUCUUCCUCAUCGUAACCUUCCUCCCUCACGUCCUAGGAUUAUCCGACAUACCAUAUUUUCAGAAGAUGAACGUGAGCCAAGAGGAAUACACGAAGACGUUCAAUGUUUACGUAAAGAGAAUGAGAGAGAAAGACUAUUCCAGUUCCUAUGAAAAAAACUAUUUCCUCACCUUCACACAUUCCGGUGACUCUGAUGUAUUCAUACAUUCCACGAGGCAACUGGACUUCCGGAUGCGAAUAGGCAGCCGAGCGAAAGUCGAGCGAGCGACCCUAAGGUUUUUGGUGUCAGGAGGGGAAUGCUCACAUCUUCAAUUUUACCAGCUACGGGGAGCAAAGAAGAUUCAUCUAGAAACUAUUAGGCCACAUCAAGAGCUGUUACCGCAGUGGACAAGCAUCGAAGUAAUACCAGACCACAAUCGGAUAAACAUAUUGAUAGAUGCACCGAAAUGUCGGAUCUUUAGUCCUGCAGUUCAUGUCCUUCUUAAAAGGGGGCCAAAAAGAACUCCUCGUGCUGCACACCAAAGGACUGACUGUUCAACAAACAUUUACUAUUCUUCAGCUAAAAAACAACGUUGUUGUCGUCACAAAAUGGAAGUUGUGUUCAAGGAAUUGCCUGGGUAUGAAUUCAUUGUCCAACCUUAUAGGUUUGAUGCAGGUUACUGCAAAGGUGGUUGCCCUUACAGGUACAAUCCUGCUAACCACCAUGCUAGUCUCCAAAGCCUUAUAUGGAGACAGAAAAAAGGAGGAGCGCCUAAACCUUGUUGUGCUCCAAGCAAGUUAGAACAGUUAGAAAUUAUUCAUAUUGAUGAAGAUGAUCCAAACAAACUUAAAAUGACAACAUGGAGUGAUAUGAAAGUUUUAGAAUGUGCCUGUUUUUAAUGUUCCUCAUGAAAUAUUUAAGAUGAGAGGAGGUUUUUACCAAAUAAUAUUUAUUUAUUUAUUUAUUUAUUUGUAUAUAAAUGUUCGGUUUAUCAGAGGUUGCACCAUGUUCAUUGAGUGCCUAUCUUUAAGUAAAGAUUGUUGUAAAUUAGUUGUUUUCAACAUACAAGGCCAAAAACAUUUGCAAUGAUUAAAAAUUCCUUUAUAGCUAGCUACAUUGUGAAUGUAUAUGUUAUUUAUAUGUAAUUUGGAUUAUUAAUGUUAUUAUUAAGUUGGAGUGAAUGUGUUUGUGUGUCUGUAUAUAUGUUACCAUAGUUUAGUCCGAUAAUAAACUAAACACUUUUCGUUCAGAAGCUUUCCAUUUGAAAUGUUCACCAAAUGGGAUUUUAGACAAUUUUUUCUUCAGAUUGAUUAGGUUGAUAGCAGGGCUAUUAAUUUUUAGAUUAGUGAGAAUUUUUAUAAUUAUUUUACAUUUCUGAACCAUUUAUAAACAUUGUUGAUGACCCUAAUGUUUUAAGGACUAAAAAAGUUUAUUAUUAUGUCUUUUAUUUUUUGAUUAGUUUGACAUUAAACAACUUUUAAAAAACUUAUGUUGAAUAUUUAGUGAUUUAUUUGAUCUGAUUUUGGUUUAUUUAUCAAGUUUUCUCUAGUUCCAGAAGUGUUCUCCAGAAUGGUUCAAAAUAAUCAGUAACAACCAGAAAAAUAUUACACUAUCUCCAUUUGUAUAUUUUAAGAAACACUUAUUUUUGAUUUGUCAUUAUUAAUAAGUUCUGAUUUAUAGUAGAACUUGGAUCUAAUUUUAUUAUUAUUACAUGUUGAGGAUCAAAAAAUGCAUAUGUGUUUUAUGAAAUUACUUCAGUAAAUUAAGAACUUCAUUGUUGAUUAUAGUCCUGGAUAAUUGAAUAUAAAUACUCAUUUAACGAUAACUACCU